CUGGUUGCUGUCAAAAACGACUGCAAGUUAAUGCACAAAGUAAUUUGCAUAGAAACAGCGAGCUCCUCACAACCAUUCGACGAAAGGCUCCCGUCCAGCAGACAUAGGAUGGCUGACAAAAAGCGAGCUGAGCUCGCUGCGCUAGUCGAGGAUGCGUGCGAGGGCCUAGCUGAAUGCGGCUUCCUAGGUAUUAUGGAGACGCCUGUCAUGCGCGUCUUCUCCGACCUGCACAAGCUCAACGACACGACGAACCUGUCUAAAUUCCUCGCGGCCUUCGAGGAUGCAGCCACGCGCACUAUCAGCGCCAAGAAGCCCGCCAGCUUCCCUGAGCUCAUGGUGCUGAGCCAGCUGCUCCAGGACGUGGAGGGCCCCGCGGCGCCGCCCGAGGGCGACGACAGCCCCGUGGCCGCCGAGUUCAAGUCGCUGUCCUCCAACCUCCGCCUGGCGCUGCUGGUGGCGCUGCAGGGCUUUGCGCGGCCCGGCAGCGACGAGGCCAAACAGGGUGUGGCCAUGGCUGGCGGCAUGCUGCAGAUGCUGCACGACAAGGUGGCGGCCGACCCACUGGCCACCCUGGCGGUGGAGCACGCACUGCUCAGGCUGCUGGCCCGCAGCAAGGACCUUGUGGUGCUGCUGCGCGACCGCACCUGGGCCCUGGCGGCGCUCAACAAGCAGGUCGAGGCGCUCAAAGACCACAAGCCCGAGAGCCUGGAGGAGGGUGUCGCGGAGGAGGGUGGCGCGGACGGCGAGGAGGAGGACGCGGAGGAGGAGGAGGUGGAUGGGGAAGAGGAGGAGGUGGAGGUGGAGGAGGAGGAGGGCGACGAGGACGGGGAGGAGGACGAGGAGUGAGGCGGACACGGGCGGGCGGGGGGCUCUGCGCCCGAGCCCAGUGUAUACGGUAGGCCCGCAUUGCCAAGGACUCGGCGUCCAACCCAGGAAUGCAGUGCGGGGGGCGGGGCGGCAGGGGCGUGCAGCCCCUACAGCUACCCGGGUUGAUCAGGACACACGUAUGGGGUGUCAGUGUGUUACUUUCACAGCAAGAGUGAGGUGAUUGGGUGGUUGGCCCGUCUGCUGGCUGCCAUUACUGGUAUAUCCAAAAUGACUGGUCGUGUGCAUGGGCUGCCAUCGCAGCAACAGAAAAAUCAUGUGUGGGGGCGUUGGUGGUGAUGCUUUUGUGAAAGCGACAUGACAAGGAGGGACAGUGCUUUGUGCGGCGCGCGCUGCCAUCGCAGCAAGGAAGGGAGUCAAGGCACGCGCAUGGCCAUGCCGCGCGGGCUGUGGGCUAUUGACUGUUGGUGACGCUGGUGGGGUCGCUGGUGCCGCUGUGAGAUUCCGUGCUCAGGAUGCAUUGGUUACAAGAGGUGAAGAGGGACUUGCUGACGCGAGUCGCCAGCGACAUCUGCCCUGAGGACCUCAAGGGCGUGCCACCUGCAAUGCCGACGACCUACUCAGUCCUGACCGCACGCACGCCCUGACCACCUGGUGUGGAGGGUUUGGAUGCACGCCAGGGCCAGCACAAGUGCAACAUACCGUACAUGCUGGCCGAUGCAUGCGCGUUGGAAAGGAGGCUUAAUUGUACGUUGACAGGGAGGGCCGGCACGGUGCGUGAAUCCUGAGCAGCGGCCCCCCAGCCUGCAGGCCAGUGUGUGCCGCAUGUUCCCACGGCAUGUGCUCGCUUGCUUUCUCGGUUCCGCAGUGUUAUCGCUUAUAAAAGCAUCGUCAAUGAUACGGUAUGUUCGCAUGAUAUCAGGGACCCAGGCAGCAAUCCGGUGAUGCAACUGGCGGGGCGGCCCCGCACGCCUAGCCAAGGCUCCCA